AUGGAGACACUACACAAGCUCGCCGGUGUGCAAGACGCUUCUGACUUGCAGUCCUCCUGGAACGAACGCCCAUCGCAACCUCAAGUAGUCCCCCCGCCAGUCCCAGCCAAAGACGAUCACUACGGCGAGUCAUCGCAGCGAGAUACCUUCCAACGAGCCUCCCGCGCCUCGCUCCCCCUCAAUCGUCGCGCCUCACACAAAUCCUUCAAUAGCUCUCGAUCACGAGGCGCAAAGAGCAGACCCCACAGUCCCGUCGGCGCACCAGAAGACUAUCCCGCUCCGCCAUCAGCCACGCAGAAAGAGUUCGGCGGAGGCGUCGGUACAUCGUCGUCAUCAGCGCAAGAUGAGCCAGACCAUCAGACGGCGAUCCCUGCCUCGCGACCUUCACACGAUAGCAUAGCGACUGCGACUACAGGUACCGAGGACUUUGCCUGGGGUCCCUGGCACCCUUGCUUCCCACAUCCGAAUCCACAUUGCAGUCCCAAUAGCCCUGAGUACCUCAACACACGAGUGAUAAGAGUCAAGCGCGACUGGCUGCAAUCAGGAGAUCUGUACCCACAAUACGCGAACCUCUACCCCGAGAUCCUGGACCCACUAGUCAGCGACAGCGACUUCCGGUACCUCGUCUCGAACCUGAACAGCAGACUCAAAGCCGCUUUCGAUCCCUUCGCGAGCAGAAGCUGGGUGGAUACUGUGAUGGGCGUGUUGACAGGAUGGGUCUGGGACGAUCUGGGCUUGACGGGGGCGAAGAGGGCGGAGAAGGGGAUUGAGGGGUUUUUGGAGGAGUGGAAUCGGGGUUGUGAGAGGGAGGGGAAGGAGGUGAGGGUUAUUGGGUUGAGGAGGACGGGUUUCAUGGGUUUGGACUUCGUGAUUCCGGAUCCGGGGAUUGAUGGGGUGGAUGAGGAGGAUGACGUUUUGGAGGAUGAGAUUAUGGGAUGA